AUGGGGCAUUAUCCCGGAAGUCCCCUCCAGUUCUUGACCCGCCUGACGGAGAGGUUCGUGUUGGGAGUGGACAUGUUUGUGGAGGCGCUGUGGAAAGUUUGGAUGGAGGUCUUGGAUGUUCUUGGGCUUGACGUGUCCAACCUGUCCCAGUACUUCAGCCCAGCCUCGGUGUCCAGCAGCCCCGCCCGGGCCCUCCUGCUGGUGGGUGUGGUCCUCCUGGCCUACUGGUCCCUGUCUCUGACCGUGGGCUUCACCUUCAGCAUCCUGCACCUGGUGUUCGGCCGCUUCUUCUGGCUGGUGCGGGUGGUGCUGUUCUCCAUGUCGUGUGUGUACAUUCUGCAUAAGUACGAGGGUGAGCCCGAGAACGCCGUGCUGCCGCUGUGCCUCGUGGUGGCCGUGUACUUCAUGACGGGGCCCAUGGGUGUGUACUGGCGGGGCAGCCCGGGCGGCACGGGCUCCCCCAGCGUGGAGGAAAAGCUCGACCACCUGGAGAACCAGGUCAGACUGCUCAACAUCCGCCUCAACCGGGUGCUGGAGAGCCUGGACCGCUGCAAGGACAAGUGAAGGUCAGGUGCCCGGCCGGGUCCCCGGGCGCCAGCUCCCACUCCCAGAAGACAGAAGAGGAGGAAAGCCACCACCCCCCGGCCCCCCCCCCAAUCUUAAUAAACAGCACUGAGCAAGAAAGUGGCGCCUGCUGAGCCUGGGCGCCAACCCUUAGGACCCGCAGAGAAGACAGAGAUGGCCGCUGCAGCUCCAUGCCGAGUCUUGUUAGUGGCAACAAUAUUUUUUAAACAAAAGGAUAUGACCCUAGAAGCUGUACAGUAAGAGAAAUUUAUCUGUGCAUAGAACAUAAAGUUAAUUUUUCAAGCAUUGACAAAUACAUCUUUUGUAAGGUUUUUAAAUAAAGGCAGCUGGAGUUGA